CUUAAAUCUGUGUGUGUUUUUCUGAAGUGUGUUCGCCGUAGAACGAAAAAUAAAAGAGAGUAGAAGAUGGCGGUGACUGCGGCGUUACGACGGUUGAUCUUCGCAGUGACGAUAUUUAUAGCUGUAUCUGUAGGCCAUUCUAUUCAUGACAAAUGCAGGGCUUGCAAUGCUGUAGCUGAGGAGCUGGAACUCGGGAUGAUGAAGGAAAAGCCGAAAAACCAUCUGGACAUGAGACAUCGAUUGGAUUCCACAGGUCAACGUAGAGGAAAAGUGAUAGAUUACAGAGUCAGCGAGCUGAGAGUUACUGACCUCUUGGAUGGGCUGUGUGAUAAGAUGCAAGACUAUACUCUUCAGAAGAUAGAUUCAAACAAAAAAUUAUGGAUGAAAGUGGAUGACUGGGAUGACAUCACUAGUAAUAAGCAAGAAUCUCGUGCUUACUCAAAGGAGAUAUCAUCUUAUUGUGGAAGGUUACUCGAGGAAACUGAAGACGAGCUCGCAGAAUUGAUAAUGAAAGGAUCAUUUAAAGUAGGAGAAGUCAGCAAAAUUCUGUGCCAUGACCUUAGCAAUCACUGCAAACAGUCCAGUGAGAACCAUCAGUCGAGCCAUGAUGAUGAAGAUGAUGAUGAAGUUCAUGGAGAACUUUGAAGAACCCUUGAUCACGGAACUGCAAUAUAACAACAAAAGGAGCGGCAUAGACAAGACACUUACAUGAAUACUAAUUUAGGGUCACUUUGUUUCAUCUUGUAUCUGAAUUGUUAUGUAACACUUCCUAGAACUUCAUACAAGAAAACUUGAAAUCUUGAAGAAUCACCGAUAAAUAGGUGGUUUGACAUUUUUCAACAA